AUGGAAGAUGAAAUAGAGCGUACAGCUGUCAAUAUUCUCAUCGUAAGGCUUUACAACUAUUUGACAACAUUGGAUAUGGAGGUUCAACUCGUCUGGUCACAGAGAAAGCUUUCAUUAGGCCUCUGUCUUUUCCUUUUGAACCGUUAUGUUCCCUUCAUCACCGUGGCAAUUGCAUCUUACUAUAUCCUGAUUGAAACAAACUUUGACUAUUCUGUAUUGUUGGACUACUAUCGGCCGAAUAACAUCAGUCCUCGCGCAAACCUCUUAGUUAACAGUCAUCUUCUUAUUUCGAGCCGAUGCGGUGUGGGGACACCGACGUUGGCUAAGAACAUUAUUGAUCCUGGUAUAUUGCGUAUGUCGAAGUCAGCGGCGCACAUCGGCUGUUCACUGAGCAGUCUCAACAUAGGGUACAAGUUUGGCCAGCAUAUAUUUCACCGUCAAACACAUCGCAUCUGGACAAAUUAUCCGAAGUUUGUUCUACUCCGGGUGUUUGUAUUCGUUUUCGGUGAGAAACUGGGCCCUUUUGGUCUCGUUCGCAGUUUGCGAUUUGACAAUGUCAAAAUAGUUGCAUUUGUUCUUCUCUUUGUCAAGAACCAGAGCGAUGAGACACUCGCGAAAACACGAGUCAUGCGUACUCUUUACCAUGAAAUGCUAACUGGCAUUAAUCUUGCCAUGGAGCUCACCGCUUCUCCAACACUUCUCGAUGCAUUCCUCGUGCUAGAAGGUGUCCUCAUCAACAUUCUAUGUUCACGCAUGAUCCUCGGAAUCCGACAUGCACACGAAUUGACACACUGGCGGUGCUCUUUCUCGUCAUUAGUAUGA